AUGAGGACCCUCACUCUGCUUGCUGCCAUUCUCCUGGUGGCCCUGCAGGCCCAGGCUGAGCACAUUUCAGUGAGCAUCGAUGAAGUCGUAGACCAGCAGCCCCCACAGGCAGAGGAUCAGGACGUGGCCAACUACGUUAAAGAGGAUGAGAGCUCCGCUCUUGAAGCUUUAGGUGCAAAGGCAGGCGGGCGCUGUGUUUGUAGAAAACAAGUCGCCUGUACAAUUCGGGAACGUCGCAUCGGGGAUUGCAAAAUCCGUGGUGUCCGCUUUCCAUUCUGCUGCCCUCGCUGA